UGGAGCAUGGGGAGAAAGAGAGAUGCUGAUGAUCACACAGCAGCAGCAGGAGCAUCUCUAUCUAUCUCUCCCUCUCUCUCUUUCUAUCUCUCUCUCUCUCUCACACACACACGCACACACACGCACAUGCACACACACACACGCACAUGCACACACACACACGCGCGCGCGCGCGCGCACACACACCCUGCACCAUGUCGUAGCCUCGUGGAGCUGUCUCUCUCUCUCUAUUUCUGCGAAAUGGCCAUUGCUCACGGAUUUCUCCAUUCCUCCAGCCAGAGCAGAUGAAGAAGAUGCGCCUGUAAGGAGACACUAAGGAGAUAAUAGGAGAUAAGUGAAGAGUGGCGUGGCUCGUCUUCUGUUCUUUUUCUUUUUUCUUUUUUUUUUGACGUAAUCUCGCUGCAGGGACGUGUUUCUCCCCCUUUUUUAUCAGGAGCAAGAAUAAGAAGGAUAUUACAGGGUUGAACACACCCCAGCUCAGCUCAGCCCAGUGUGUAUGUGUGUGUGUAUCUGUGUUUGUAUAUCUGUGUAUCUGUGAGUGUGUGUGUGUGUGUGUGUGUUUGGCUCAGUGGGCUGCUGUCACUGCUGCUGCUGGCACUGUUGUGCUGGGAAAGGCAUGCCACCUCACAGACGUGAUGGGCAAUGGAUAAACACAGAGCAGCCCAGGAACUGCGUGCACGCGAACCUUGACGUGUCCUAAUCCGCAGCUGCACGCGCGCCUGCAGAUCAGGCUUCGCAGCUCCGUGGUCAGAUCAUUCACAUCAUCUGUCGGAGCGUGUUGAGUCGCUCUGCGUGAGAGGGGAAGAUUGAGGAAUCCGCAGUUUCCUGUUGUCUCUUAUUAAAGAGGAAGGAAGGUAUGUCAUCCUCCACGGGACUGAGCAUUCGCGUUAGAUGGACUGUCUGUAUGUUCCUGGUCCUUCUACAGACGCCAGGGACUGAUGGCAACUUCGUGAACUUCCACAAGACGUGCAUCUGCGCCAGUAACAUCGUCAGCUGCUCCAAGAUGAACCUGACAACCGUCCCGACGGAACUGCCCAGGUACACGGCAGUGCUGGAUCUGAGCUACAACUACAUCACAAGACUGCGGGCGGAAUGGACCACCUACAAGCUCCCCAAACUCCACAACCUCUUGUUGAGUCACAACGGCUUGAAUUUCAUCUCCACCGAGGCGUUCGAGUACGUCAAGCACCUACGCUACCUGGACCUGUCCUCCAACAGCUUGCGGCAACUGGACGAGUUCAUUUUCGAGCAGCUGGGGCAGCUGGAGGUUCUUCUGCUCUACAAUAACCACAUCUCGCAGAUCGACCGCACUGCCUUCUCGGGCCUCAGCAACCUGCAGAAGCUCUACCUGAGCCAGAACUUGGUGUCUCGCUUCCCGCUGGAACUGGUCAAAGACAAGACGCGACUGGAGAAGCUGAGUUUGUUGGACUUGUCUUCCAAUCGGAUCAAGGUCCUUCCCGUCCAGGAGUUGCAGACUCUCCCGGCCUGGAUCAAGAACGGACUCUACUUCCACAACAACUCUCUCAUCUGUGACUGCGAGCUGUACAGCUUGAUGGCUCACUGGUACAUGCGAAGGCUGAACUCGGCCGUGGACUUCAAAGACGACUAUACCUGCAUACCACCGGGGCCGGAAAAGAUCCCCCUGCGAAUUUUUGAGCUGAACACGCGCAUGAACUGUAGCACGUUUAACGAAUCCGUGGAAGAAGCCUUUCUAGAGCAGAACCUCAUCCUCCACUGUGACACUCGGCAUCGGGAAGUGUCCAAGACUUGGAUGCUUCCUGGAAACAUAGCGGUGUCUCCUGGGCUCAACCAGAGUGCAUCAGUACUACCAGAUGGCAACCUGGAGAUUCGUUCUGUGAAACUCGAAGAUUCAGGUCAGUACACGUGCUUUGCUGUGAGCGAGUACCUUAAUGAAACCCUGUACGUUUGGGUCAAAGUGCACAACUUCACUCAGAGCGGACACGGGGAGACCCUGAACACGGCGUACACGACACUCGUGGGGUGCUUGGCCAGCGUGGUCCUGGUGCUCAUCUACCUGUACCUGACCCCGUGCCGCUGCUUCUGCUGCCCGGGGCAGGGCAAGUCUAAGAAUCAUCACGAGGACAGCAUCCACUCGUCCAUGCUGAGUGCUACCCCAACUCACGAGGAUUUGGCCACCAAAGGAGAACUCAACAGGCACGUGGCCUUCAUAGACCCCAAGGACCUGCAGGGCCAGAACGGGAAAGUGAACCCCAAUGGGGACGAGGAGCUGGACGAAGAGGCUCGGCAGGGCAAAGGGAAGAGAAAGAAGUCGGUGGCGGACUCCAUUAGUUCAGUCUUCUCGGACACACCCAUAGUAGUCUAGGCUGUCCAGCAUUCAAACUGGGAGGGGCCUUCUGUCACGGAUGUGUAUAUCGUGGAUGAGAGCUUUAUCUAGAAAUAUUGAGCUACUGUGACUACUGUGCUACUUUCCCUGGAAAAAGAAAGUGGGAGAAAUUUGUUCGGAUCCCGAAUUGACACUUGAGUUUUAUCUGAUUAGAUACACAGUGUUAUAUCACUUUCUUGUUUCUUGAGUUUGUCAUGGACAAGGUAAAAAAAAAAAACUUUCCAGCAUUUAAUUCUGUAGCAUUUAAGUAUAUACUGUGAAAAGAUCUUGCCAUAUACGGUAAGUGGACUUAAAUAAAUAAUUAAUUGAUCGUUGAGACGUAGGGAAGGAGGCAGAUGACAAGAUUGACAAAAAAUGACGAGAUUAGUGUUGCGUUCCAUUUGAGCUCGGAUGUCAGAAUUUCCUGGUUCCAAAUACAGGUCGGAUUUCCUAAUAGAAAAAUCGGUAGAGCUUUCCUAAUUCCCAAAAGUUCAGAAUCCAGCCACUGCACAAGCAGUUAAAAAAUCAUUAAAUCAGUUGUACCCACAGUAUUGUCCAACUUAUGUCUGUGGACAUGUUUUCAUGGUGUUUGUAAGAAUGUCAGAAUAUUGCAUAAUGCAUUGUUAGCUUAUUGUAUUUAUUACUAGCAAUGCUAACCUGAGACAUUGCUGGUAAUGCAAUGCAAACAAUGCUAACAACUAUGCUAUCAUGCCCAGCUCCGACAUCCGAGGUAAAAAAAAUGGAAUGUAGCAUAAUUUCAUAACUAUGAAUGAUGACUAGUAGGUCAAAGUGGGAAGCCUUAUUAUUCAGUAAGAAAGAGAUUUAGUAUAAAGAACAAUCCAUCGCUAUAUAAUCAUAUAUAAAAGUCAUAAGCAUGAUUCUAAAGAAGCUAAAGAAGACCGCUAUCGCUAAGACUAUAGCUUUUUGCCCCCCGUAGCCGUUAGAAGCACCGGCAGUAUUUAUUCUCUCCUUCCCCAAAUGCUAACUUACCAGCAUCACCACGUUAUAUAUAGCCUUCAGUCAUGAGUCAUUCCUACAGGAGGGGCAUGCCAUUAGGUUGAAGCAGCAUUACGUCCAAUGCUGAAUAUUUGAGUAUUGAGUCUUUGCAGGAAUGUAGCAAGGUUUUACAUCUGCUUACAGCAAUUCAGCACCUCCAGACUAAAAGGGAAACAAUAUAGAAAUAUAUGUUCCUUUUAAAUCCAAACAUGUGUGUGGAAUAGUUUUAGGUAGAGAUGAGGUAGAGUAUUUAUACAAACCUGAAUAUCAUCUGAUACCAAUCUGAUCUUUGCACAUACAUAUAAUGCAGCCAUUUGGUUUAGAUAAUAUGUGCUGCUAAUAAAACUAUUGCUAAUGCUAAUACUGCAGUAAAAUUCUGCAGACAUUCUGGACUUUUUUUUUAAAUCAAAAUAAAAAUAUGUAAUCCAGUCUGACUGCCUAUUACUAGACCGUCAGAUUCCGUUGUUAUCUGUGGACCACUGAUGUAAUGAAAUUACUACAGGGGUUGGACAAUGAAACUGAAAAACUGAAACACCUGGCUUUAGACCACAAUAAUUUAUUCUUUCAAUGGACAGUUCUGGUGGAAACAGGAGAGUUGAGGUGCACAUUGAAUUCUGCUGUGAUUUGGGCAGCCGUGGUUUUAUGUUUUUUGGAUACAAUCCGGGUUAGCACCCGAACAUCCCUUUCAGACAGCUUCCUCUUACAGCGUCCACAGUUAAUCCUGUUGGAUGUGGUUGGUCCUUCUUGGUGGUAUGCUGACAUUACCCUGGAUACCGUGGCUCUUGAUGCAUCACAAAGACUUGCUGUCUUGGUCACAAUAUGUCCUCUUUUGAACUCUGGUAUGUCGCCCAUAAUGUUGUGUGCAUUGCAAUAAUUUGAGCAGAACUGUGCUCUUACCCUGCUUAUUAAACCUUCACACUCUGCUCUUACUGGUGCAGUAAUGUGCAAUUAAUGAAGAUUGGCCACCAGGCUGCUCCAAUUUAACCAUGAAUCCUCCCACACUAAAAUGACAGGUGUUUCAGUUUCAUUGUCCAACCUCUGUACAUAAUUUGGGCUUUUAUAACGUGUAUUAGCAUUAGCAUUAUCCUCAAAUCAGUCAAAGAACUCUUAACUAAACUCUUUUGUUUACCUUCUAAGAACUCUGUGCUGCCAGCUAGACAAUAAAGUCUUAUACUGCCAAUUUGAACACUGUGGUUAAAACCAAUUCUCUAAACUUGAUUGGGGUUAAAAUAGCUGAUACUCAAUCCGUUAAAGUAUGCCUGGAUCAGAUCGGGACAUUCCUAGUUUUUUAAGCACAGUAAAUGGAAAGGAAAAGGAGGAAUCGAAUCGUAGAGAGAAAUGAUCACUGAUUUUCCAUUAAUUUAGUUAGUGUUCGUACAAUUAUGAGUGAAUCAGAUGCGUACAGUUAGCUGUUUGAAAUGAAGCCAAAGCUGUUUUUUUGUUUUUGUUUUAUUUUGCAAUAAAUCCCUGGGAAGUAAGGGGAACUGUUCAGACAGGGUUACAACUAUCAGAGUUUUCUGACAGAAAGCUCAGAAACCAUAUUUUUGUUUUGUUAACCAUAUUUUAGUGUUUUCCAGCCUGUAAAAAUGUCCUGUCUAUUGAGUGUUGUAGCACCAAAAACAGAUAUUAGCUGAGCCGUGAGCGACAGUGAUCCCAGAUUCCAGUGAGCUCUCAUGGGUUGCAAGAUUGAGAACACCACACCUACAUGACUGUGCACAAGACAUGUUCAAUAACUUUUAAAAUGACAAGCCACAACAAGUCAUGCCAUCUAAAAUGUGGACACUCCUCAUUUAACCUUGACAGAUAACAUAGUUCAGUGUUUACAUCUUCAGCUGGGCAUCCGUCUUGUAGUCCUUCUGGGCUCCAAGCUGUCUCCAUCUAUCAGAUGCAUUGCCAGUAUUUACUCAUAUUUUACUCCAUGCUUAGGAUGCUUAGGGGUUUUAGAUUGGGUAGCAUCUAGCUAAUGCUGUUUUUGCUACAGUUUAUGUUAGAGUUCAUUUGUUCGUGUUUGCCUGCUGUUGUGUCUCAUACUUGGCAACUUGGGGUGAGGAAAUAGGACUGGGGAAUGGGCAGUGGGUGGUAAGAAAAAGGCCAUACUGACUAAAGCUCUGCUGUUAACAGAAUAUAUAGUACAUAUUGGUUCCUUAAACAUCAGUCAUUGUUUAACAAAGAAUGUAAGAAUAAUGAUUAACAACAGCGACUAUUUUAUUCCCGUGUUUAAAAGUACGUUUUAAUCAAAUCGCAGUGUUGUGCGCCCACGAAAUUAAAAUUUUCCAACAAUGGCUCCCAAUUACGUGACGGCUGCCAUCCUUUCAGAAGUAAUCAUUUGCACAGCGUCAUUUGCAUGAGACUGUCUGUCAUGACAACCCGAGACAGAUACGUUACCUGAAUGCUAAUGACCUCUUUAAAUAGACUUAACGCAUCCAUCGCUCGCUUCGCUGUAGUAAAGCGAAGAUGUUACUGGAUCCCGAGGCCAAAAAUCGCUUUCCCCAGACAUCUGGUUCUCCAGCCUUUUCUUAAGUGGAGCUGUAUUUUGCAUAUUUUGGUGGCUUUUAGUCACGGCUGAGUCAUCCAUUGUCAGAAUGUUGUAGAAAUCAUCUAGUCUCUAAUUACAUCUCAGACCCCCAGGGCUCUUUGUAAUCUUGGUGAGAAAACAAGGCCCAGAGACAAGGCGAGGGAGGUGGGCUGGGGGGAUGGAGGGCGUUCGCUUGGAUGCAGAAUCGUUUGAACACUAUUUUUUUCAAGGCCUUUUUUUUUUUAAAGUAAAUCAAUCGAAUUCAGUCCAGCCCAAGAUUAUUGAUGUUUAUCGCUGUCCUGCUUGUGUGACAUGGGAUUUUAACCAGGAAAGAACUAAAAAAUAGGCAGAAAUAACAGUGUUUUAGAUAAUUAUUGAAGCUACAGUCAUGAACCUAAAUGUGUAUAGACAUUUAUAAGUCUGGACAAAUAUAAGUGAAUUGACUGUGAAUUGUUAUUUCAGUGGAUGGCUUGCCCACACCUGUUUAUCUAUUAGUUGUAAGUUGUGAGGUGUUAUCACACAAUCUUACAAGGCAUUACCACUCACGGUGGACAGCACAGUAGGUGGCUAGAAUUGUGUCUGGCUAGAAUUGUCCAUGUGUGUCAGUAUAUAUAUAUAGUUCUGGAAAAAAAUAAGAAACCACUUCUGUUUCUGAAUCGGUUUCUCUGAUUUAGCUAUUUACAGGUUUAUGUUUGAGUAAUUUUUUUUGCAGAAAAGGAGAAAUGGCUGAAAUAACAAAAAAAAUCUUAUUAAUGUUUCAAGUUUUAAGAGAUCAGAAAUCAAUAUUUGGUGGAAUAAUCCUGGUUUUAAAUCACAGUUUUUAGGCAUCUUGUCAUGUUCUCCUCCACCAGUCUUACACACUGCUUUUGGAUAACUUUAUGCCUUUACUCCUGAGGCAAAAAUUUAAGCAGUUCAGCUUGGUUUGAUUAAUUAGGUAAAAUCAAAGAAACUCAUCACUUUUAAGUGGUCUCUUAUUUAUUUCCAGAGCUGUGUAUGCCUAAAUGCUAUAUGGUGGGCAUGUAAAAACCUUGUAUCUCUAAAACUCUAAAACUUUACAGGAUGAGGUAAAAUCCUUCUUAUCUUUUUAUGAAAGUCAGUGUGCAUUCAUUUGUACCAUUGUUUUGGUACAUUUCUUUUAGUCUAUUCAUUGUGGAAUUAGAACUAAUGUAAAGAACAAGUUCUAGAUUCAAAUUAUGUCAAACGGUAAAAGAUAGUGAACAUUAAGAUGCACAAUUUAUCAAUGACAAGGACAAUGUGUGUCAAUUACAGUAACAUUUCAGUCCAUUUACAGUGUUUAAACCGCAUAGACUUCAAUUAAAAGCUCCUAAUCGUGCAAUAAAGCGGUGGAUUUGGUUCGAAUGUCCUGAUUGUCCGAAACGAAUGAAUAAUAGAACGUUUGAAAACAUUGCUUUCAGCAGCUCGCCCUGCUUUUCAGUGUAUUCAGUGUACUGGUGCGUUACAUACACACAGUCCACGCAGCACUCAGGCGUGACACCCUAUAGCUCCAUCCCAACACCAUUAAUAAUUAGAGUUCUCCGGUUUCCCAUUUGCUCAGACGGAAAAAAGAGAACGAGAGAGUGAGUGAGGGAGAGAGAGUAGAUUAGAGUGGUUUGACAGUCAGAUCAGGCUUACUUUCACCUUGUUUUUGCAUUUUAGGACUCAUCAGAAUUAGGCCUGGCACGAUAAUUAGCUUAUCGAUUUAUCAAACAAUAUAUGAACAUGAUCUCAAUCAUUUUUGAGGUCCUCAAUAUUGCCCAAUAUUGCGUUUAAGGUUACCAAACUUGUGAAAAGAGGUCAUGAAAAAGAAUAAGUUGAUAUGAAAACAAUGUUUUUGUUUGGAUUGUGUUUAUUUAUGUAGGACACAUUUCUAUAUUUGAACUAUAGUGUCCAAUUUUUUUUAUACCAAUAUCAUUUUAUGCAACUGAUACAGUUAAAAUAGCAAAACAAUGAAAUGCACACUUUGAUAAAGAAUGAUUGGUAACACUUUACACUGAUGGUACAUUAAUUCAUUAAAACAGUACUAAAUGCAGAAUAUCUCUACUAAUUAUUAGUUAACAUUAGUUAAGACAUUAUUAACCAUUACAAUUAUUAUAAUUUAAUUAAUGCCUCAAUUUAGUAUUAUUUAUAACAUUAUAAAGCAUUAAAAUUUAGUAAUGGUUAAUAAUAUCCUAACUAAUAAAAAUUCAUAAUUAAUUCAGCCAUUACUUACCUAUUUAACAAUGGUUAUUACUGUCAAAAGUAAAUAUAUAUAUAUAUACUGUGUUAAGGCCAGCAAAAUGUAUUGAGGUCAUAAUAUCGUUUAUUGUGAUCAUGUCUGGAACCAUAUAUCGACUGUAAAAAGUUACGCUGGUUAUCCCAAGUAUCCUGAAAGUCAGAGACAGAAGACUCAAUUCCUGUCAUAUUUCAUAUAUUGAAAAGGGAAAUGUUUAUUAUGUGUUUUUGACAUUAGUACGAUUCUGCCCAGACUCAAUUCUCUCAAACAAUGGUGAGCACAUCUGGUUGCACAAGCAUUAUUAUCUCAGGGAAGAAGCCAGAAGAAGAAGCUGGAGAACGUGGCAGUGGCAGGCAGUGGAAGUCAGUGGCAGGCAGUGGCAUGCGUAAAAAGUCAGUGGCAGGUGGUGGCAGGCAGUGGCAGUUUUAUGCCUUUUUUUUCAUAAUGCCUCUUCAGCUGAACCCAAAAUUUAGUGUCCUCACCAUCAUGAAUUAUGAUUGAUCACUAGGGGAAGAGGC